UUUGCUAUUCAUCUGUCGUUCAUGUGAUCGUACAUUACCGAAUUAUAUUUUCGUGUUAUCAUUAUAUUGAAUUCCUCAUUACGAAUAUAGUGAGGUUCUGAGAAAUUAUCCAGUCCAGAAUAUUUUGUGCUGGUCAAUAAGAACUGUUUUUUCUCGAUAUAAUAAGAUGUGAAGGAAUCUCUUGCGAAUUAUUUUAAAGUGAUAAAAAUGAAGAAUAUCAAGUGUGUUUUUGUUUUAAUGCUGUUGUGUGGAUUCGUUCUUACUGAUGAUCUAAAUUCUAUAAAAAGCAACGCGGAGAUUGUGUCGAAUAACACAGUUUCUUCUGUUAGUUCAACAACAGCUACUACUGUGCAAUCAACAGAGGGCUCAAAACCAAAUCAAGAUCAAUCUACUUCUCCUAAGCCAAAAUCUACUACAAUACCUAAGGAUAAUAUUAUUAUUAAGAAUGUAUCAGAAUCUACAAGUACCACUAAGAAAAUAGAACUUCCAGUUUCAUCCACUACCCCUAGUGUUCCUGUGGUAAAUAACCAAAACUCUACAACGGCGUCAGCUGAUCCUGUACUACCUGAUAAGGGUUCAGCAGAAGAUGAACAUAAUAGUUCUAUGGCAAUAUUCUUUGUACUCUGCGUAUUAGCGUUGGGUAUUCUACUGAUACAUUUUAUGUUACAAACAGGAUUUCAAUAUGUACCAGAAAGUAUUGUCAUUGUAUUCCUUGGAGCCCUCAUUGGAUUGGCAAUGAGUGCACUAUCAAACAGAAAUAUUAGCAACUGGAGAAAAGAAGAAGCAUUUUCCCCUACAGCAUUUUUCCUUAUUCUUUUACCACCUAUUAUAUUUGAAUCAGGAUAUAAUCUGCAUAAGGGAAACUUCUUUCAGAAUAUUGGAUCAAUACUUGUGUUUGCUAUCUUAGGAACAACCAUUUCUGCUUUUAUAAUUGGAUGCGGAAUAUACUUCCUUGGAUUAGCUGAUGUGGUUUAUAAAUUAGGAUUUGUGGAAUCCUUUGCCUUUGGUUCCCUCAUUUCUGCAGUAGAUCCAGUUGCAACAGUGGCAAUUUUUCAUGCUUUAAACGUAGACCCCGUACUCAACAUGUUGGUGUUUGGUGAAAGUAUUUUAAAUGAUGCAAUUGCUAUUGUUUUAACAACUGCUGCUCUUGAAUCAAAUAAUCCUACAAUGUCUGCAGGAGAAGCUUUAGUCAUGGGAAUUGAGUCUUUCUGUUUGAUGUUUUUUGCAUCAGCUGGUAUUGGUGUAGUAUGUGCUUUGUUCAGUGCUCUACUCUUAAAACAUAUAGAUCUCAGAAAAAAUCCAUCCCUGGAGUUUGCUAUGAUGUUAGUAUUUACAUAUGCCCCUUAUGUACUGGCAGAAGGUAUUCACCUAUCUGGAAUAAUGGCAAUAUUAUUCUGUGGAAUUGUCAUGUCCCAUUAUACCCACUUCAACUUAUCCACUGUAACUCAAAUAACCAUGCAACAAACUCUUAGAACAUUGUCGUUUAUUGCUGAAACCUGUGUGUUUGCUUAUCUUGGUUUGGCAUUGUUCAGUUUCAAACAUAGAGCAGAGCCAGCUCUUGUUGUUUGGAGCUUGGUAUUGUGCCUAAUUGGCAGAGCUUGCAAUAUAUUUCCCUUAGCCUACCUGGUGAAUAAAUUUCGUGAACAUCAAAUAACUAAAAAGAUGAUGUUUAUUAUGUGGUUCAGUGGUCUAAGGGGAGCAAUCUCAUAUGCUCUAUCCCUCCAUCUCAAUUUCAGUGAUGAAACUAGACAUGUCAUCAUAACAACUACAUUAGUAAUUGUCUUGGUAACCACACUUGUAUUCGGAGGAGCCACUAUGCCUCUUUUGAAAUUUAUGCAAGCAACUAAAAAUCCUUCAAGACGUCUGAGAAAAAAGAAGAAGGAUAGAGAAGUGAUACUUAGUAAAACUCGAGAAUGGGGGAAAACAAUUGACUCAGAGCAUUUGUCCGAGACCACAGAGGGUGAAGCUGAGGUAUCAUUUGUUUCCGAUAGGAUAAAAGGCUUUGUGAAGUAUGACAUAAAGUACUUCAUUCCAUUCUUCACUAGGAGGUUCACACAACAGGAACUAAAAGAUUGCAAGAGCCAAAUGACUGAUCUCACCAACCAAUGGUAUCAAGCGAUACGUAUCUCACCAGACCAAUCAGAUGAAGAGCAGGCAAACACCCCUAGGUCCAGUAUUUCAAGUAUUAUACGCUAAAUAAUGAAUCAUUUUACUCCUAAACCUCCAAUAUUAUAUUUUUGAAGAUAUAGAAGUCAACUUGUAUAUUGUUGAAAGAAUAUGAUGAAGCACAAAAUUGUCAAAGGAAAAGUGUGCAUAUAUUAAAGAUUUUUUUAUUUUGAGAAGAAUAAUUGGCUGUUAUACGCAAAAUUAAGAAUUAAUUUUAACAUUGGGACAGAAUUUUAUGAAUUCUAAGACUUCACUUGAGUUAUUUAUCAGAAUUCUACUAUGAAUUUUCACUUAAUGAUUUCAACCUUUUUCAAUUCUAUUAUGUUUCUCUCUCAACCAUUUAUUCCAUAUUCAACUAACUGGAAAUACCUUAAUAAGAAUGCAAAUUGAAAAUAAAAUUGAAAUAACUAUUGAAAUUACUUGUUUGGAACAGGUUCUCUAUUGUGUGCCAAAAUAUAGUGCAUAUCUUUUUCAAACUUUAAAUGAAUCAUAACUGAAUUAUUUCAUUGAAAAAGAAAGACAGCAACCAAAUCGAUAAUCAAAUAUUUCAGGUCAUCAUUUUUCUCUGUAUUAAUUACCGUUUUAUUAGAAUUUUUGGACAAUUUAAUACCAAAGAUUCAAUGUUUUGCUCGAUAAAUUGUGAAGGGUGAUUCAAUUACAGAUGUUCCUGUACUAAAACUUUAAGAAUGCGUAUUUAAUUUAAAAUUGAAAGCUUCAUUCAAUUCUUGAAGUACCUAUAGAACUAUUGCAUGUUCCAUGUGUAAUUGUUCAAAAAAAAAAAAAAUUUUAUUAGUAUGCAGUAUUUGAGAUUGAUUAUGACAUAUUUUCAACACGUUUUCCAAAGAUGCUUUGAAAAAAAUCACUUCUAGUUUAUAGGUAUAAAAUUUAUUAAGUUAUGACUUUUUGAGUUUACCUCUGAAAGAAAUAGAAUAUAAGAGUAGUUUUCUUUGUAAAUAAAGUUGUUUAUUUCAUUUGAAAUUUAGUUGGUACUUAUUGUAAAUAAAUAAACCAUUUGCUUGAAGUGCUCGUGAAAGAAAAUUUUAUUUCUGUGUGAUAACACUGUGAUUUAGUUUCAGUUAUGGUGAAUUCCUAGCUGUAAAUCUGUUAUAAAAAUAAAAUGUAUGAGACAAA